AGUCCUUGCAUCCAUGCACAUCCGGACCAUGCAGUGAGUCUGAUUCUGAUUGAGUGUACUACAAAGACUACCAAGAUGAAGUGUCGUUACGCGGUACGGAUUCUGCUCUGCUGUUUGCCGUUGUUAUUUGGAUUCAAUAGCCCUGCAGAACUAAGCGACAAAAACAAUGGACGCGAAGGAACAAGAACUGGGUCAACACUUACAUCUUCGAUUGGCUCGACAUCCACCUUGGGUCGGACAUCAUCAAGAAAAAGCACGCGAUUACCAGCGAGGACCACAUCUACAAGAAGAUUGCUAGGAACAAUAAGUGGUCGUGACAGAACAUCCUUUCCGCGGCCAACCAGAACCUCUACUGCUACCGAAGCUCCCAGGGAUAUGGCCGUGCCGCGGAGCCUGCAGCGACUUCUACAUCCACUGAUCCGAAUCAUCUGGUUAUCCCUCUUACCCAAGCCAUGCACUUGUUCCAGCCCUACAAAAAACAAUGAUGCAAUUCAACAAGUAGACGAUUUACAGAUAGGCCCUUGCGUUCCCGUGGAGCAGAUGGAAACGCUCAUCAAGGGGCUGCAUGGAGCCACUUCUGCGGUUUUGAAGGAUCUUGCAGAGAUCUCUAGGUUUUGGCCACCAUUUCUUGACCGCAGCAGCCUCCUGAACGUUCUAGUUAUGAUUAUAGUGCAACUUUGAUAAUGAAGCUAUCUGACUGGACCCUAAAGUUCACUUGAGUACUCUUGUCCAAGGAAUAGAGUCUUAAUUCUGGCACGCAUUGAAAAUGAAGACUCGAUUGCUCCUUAUCUAUCAAAGAGUUUUCUGCUUUUUUCGUCUUCGUCCGAUUUGAUCUAAUCCCAAAACAGUAAAGAUGGGCGAUACUUCUUUGGCAUUAGCGGAAGCACAGCUGUUGGAAAAGCCUGAAGAUCGUGCCUUGUUGAGUUUUGCGAUGCACUUGGCUACUGAUUGGGCCCCUGGAGGACCGAAGACCGCUAUAGGCAACACAGACAUCGCUUUGAGGUUCGAAGACGACACUGGAGUAGAUCGCAGAGGUUACCACGAUACCGUACUAGCCGAAGGAGUGAAAGGUCUUGCUCAGGUGGAUGUGCCGCACAAAGAUAUUAUGGGAGAAGAAGAGAAUGACGAUCCUGUUGGCGAAAAUGAUGAUGAUGUUGGCAAAGAUGAUACAACUGGUGCAGCCGGGGAUGAGUCGCGACCGCUGUUGCGUUUUCUCACUCCAGCAAAGAAGAGCUAUCGUGUGCCACUUCUUGCACAAGAGGCAUCGAAGAAGAAGUUGCAGUUGUGCUUCCGCAACAGCGUGAAUCCUGGGUCUUGGAACUACCUGGCCAUUGCAGGUGGAGCAGGGGGCGCAGCGUUGCUCUGGAGUACGAUCUUGUCGACGUGUAUAUUUAUGGGAGGUGGUUCUAUCUCUAUAAUGUCAAGCGCGCAGUCUGGGGCCCCACUGCAGUGUACAUGCGUGAAGUAUGCAAAUCGAGAACGCGGGAAGCGCUUUGCGAGCAGAGUAAAGGCUCGAAGCAGGGGCCUUCCGGGAAGAGGGGCCAAGAUGGGUGGUAGGCAGGGACUCGCCACCGGCCGGCCCAUGCACGCCAAACAGGCCGAGCAAUCGGCGGAGGCGAAUCUGAGGGCGGUAGCUGAGGCCAAAAAGACCACGGGGCAAGCAAUAGGGGAGAACGCGAAGGGGGGUCGCGAUGGGGAACGCGCGUGCUGUUCGUUGGGGUUAUUCGUGGGGCCGGUCUCGUGGGUGGGUUCGGGCUUUGAUGUGAAUGCCCUCGAGUAGUGGGGCGGCUGGCAUUGCAAGAAUGGGCCAGACGGGUGCGGACGGCGCGUGUGCUUUAGUGGGGGGCCGAAUUGUUUGAAGCGCUGCCUCCGUUGGACCUUGCGGGCAGCUGCGGCAACGAGGAGCGCGCCGAGGGCGAAAACCUGAGCAGAACCGCGGCGCGCGCCAGGCCCUCCCAAUAGUCUGGGGGCUCGCCCAGAAAACCGGCGCUGGGGGUGUGCCGCUUUUUUUUUGAUCAGCAGGCCCAUGAAGUCUGCUGGCGUUAGCUCUGCACUGAAAUGGAUAGCCCCGCGGCAGUGCUGCGGCGUCAUGGCAGGGCUGCUGGCUUUCCUCGCGGCGUUCGCAAGUAUGAGGGUGCUGGCGGAUAAGGCCAAAGGGGUGACAGUGAGCCGGGGCAUCGAUGUCGUGGCGUAUUUGACUGUGAAGGAAUUGGAAGGGGCCAAACAGCUGCGCGCAGCGGCGGAAAGUUGGAGCAAGCGGCCCCACGCACCGCAGAGGCAUGACGCCGCCGGCUUGGUGAGGAGUAACAGAGCGGGAGAAAGUGGGGAGAGUAGGGGAAUGCGCGUAGAAAUCUGCACCGCUGCAAAGUGUGCCCGAGAUUUUGCGCGCUGAGGUGUCUUAGGUUGGCUGGCGGGAAAUUUGGACGGCGGUCGAUUCUUGUUGUCAGUGCCAAGGCAUCGAACGCACCUCAAGCAACCGGAUAGAGAUAGGCGGGGCGGCUUGCUUCGGCCAUAUCGAUUGCUGCUGGCGGUCUCGCCUUCCGUGGCGCGUGGGCUCUGGCUCUAUACCCACCAGAGGCUGGGGCGCUUGUUGGGGCAGUUUGGCGGGACCCACGAGGCCCGAGAGGAAAAAACCCAGCGGGCCCACGAUCUCGCGAGCGUGAGGCACCUCCGCGCGCUAUGUAUGUUCGUCCACGGGUUGCAUGCGGAAGCAAUGGCUUGCGGCUUGGUGUCGGGGCAUCUAGUACAUGUGGCGCGUAAAGUUCAAGAAGGGCCCCCAAGAAGCGGAACGGCGGCUCUGUUUGCAUGGUGACACCGAGCGCAGUCGACGCGCGUGCGAGUGCAGGCGUGUGGGCUUAGUUCUUCUCCCAAGCUCGGCAGCUGUGAGAAAUCUCGUCCGCGCCAGACUACUCCAAGGAAGAAGCUGAAGCGGGUAGGAGGGCACGCGUGUGAAGAGUGUCCAAAUUAUCGGCAAGGGCGCUGCCGGCAAGGUGGGGGGAGCCGCGCAGUAUAAGAGGCGGGGCCCCCUCGCAUGUCAUGGGUGAGCACUUUGAAGACAAGGCAGAAAGGCGCACAAGCGAGAACACCGCUGCAGCCGUGCCGUGGAGUAGCGUGCCGGCUAAUGCCAGCGCAAGAGGCUAAGGGGGGCGCCUUGUUUGCGCGGGGGCGCAGCGUGCGGGCUACAGGCUGGCGGGGGAUGGUGCGCCACUGUCUCGCCUGAGGUAGCUGGCUGAAGGCUCGGAGGACAUUCGGCGCGUGUGCAGCGACCUGAGAUACUUGCAGCCGCCACCGGUGUGAGGGUGGUGGCUGGGGGUGGGCGUUGUUUGUCAUGGGAGCAAGUCGCUCCUCUAUUGUAGUCGUGGCAGUGUGUCUUUGGCUUGCUCCAUGAGGCUCAGCCAAUUGCUUUGCUGUGUAUUCUGUACCUAGCCAGCUAUGUAGCUAGCAAGUUUCUGGGGUUUUUCGCGUAAUCUCACCCAGCCAGGCAGGCAUCACCCCGCAAAUUUUUCGUGUCUGGCUCGCUGUGGCUCGCUGUUUGCUUGAAUUGUUCCCAUGCUGCGGGUAUCGGUGUGAGGCCCUCCCGCUUCGUCGCGUGGCUGAGCGGCUUGCGGUUCCUUUUUGUUGUUGUCGUAGGCGUGGCGUGCUGUAAUUAAUGCGAAGCGAGCGUACUUAUGUUGGCGCAGAGGAUGCGCCAUGCACGCGAGAUGCUGCGCGAAAUUUUCGCCAAAGUGAGUAUGAGAUUCUUAGGAACAGAGAGAAUCGUCCCUGCUCAGUCUAAUGUAUGCCACCUGCGAAUGCGGGCGCGCCACCUAAGUGAAGAGCUUCGUCGCGAGGAGCGGGGAGUUGGUGCGAGCGGUUGUACGAAUGAUCGGAGCCUCAGCUGUUCGCCUUCGGAUGAGGCAUGCACAACAAACGAAACUGCAGAUUUUAUGACGAGAAACAGAACUGCACACUUCUGCAGUUCGCAGAGGGUUUCGCACUUCUUAGUUAGGUGCAACGGUAUAAUAUAUCGGUCGCCUUCUUAUUUCUCGUGAUUCUUGUACUUUUUAUUCAUCAUCAAUCUCAUCAGCCCUUCAGAGGUUCUGCGUAAGUAGCCUUAUUCAUGCUUACUUUAUCUCUUUAUGUAGUGUCUGCGUCUGAAGUUGAGUCUUGUUUUCAUGAAAAGCUCAGGUUUGGAAGUGACCAUUGGACGUCUCGAGAAAUGGGCAGAACAACUCCGGCGGCAGCGCGAAGAGGACCAGAGCCGCCGACGUUUGGCUUGUUCUUCAUCUAGUGGACUCGAUAUUAUGCACGAGUUAUCUUUACCGAGUAUUGGAUCCAAGAAAAUCCAAGUUUCCACAGGUUUUGUCUUCGAAUCAUGAAGAAGUUGUAGGUCCUCGUAGUGAAACGUAUCCUCAUAUCCGACUUACCGUCUUCACCACCAAAUUGAAAAAAGAGAAACCUUCUCAACAACAUGAAUCUUCCAUCUAAACCAAGAGAACGCAGUUUCACAGACAUCAUCUCAGCCAAGGAUGAACGGAGACGCAUCCCAAGCGACAGCACCACGCGAGUUGAUGUUAAGAACACUGUAUAUGCACGUGACUAA